AUGGAAGCAGCCGACUAUGCCCUCUUGGGCCCUCUCAUCGAGCGCGGUCGUAACAUAGAGCUCGACCAAAUCUACCGAAGAGGUGUCGUGUUGCUCAAGAAAAGCCAACGCAAGGCAUUCGCUUUCUCCUUCAGUGACUGCAGACCCGGCAAGGCCAAAACGUUCUAUGGCUGGAUCCCCCGAUGGCGUAUUCCGAGACUUGUGUGCAUGGGCUGGGGCGGCUUUACGCCUGCCAUUCUCCACCGCCAGUUCCGUGGGAGCAAAGUAGAUGGCAAGGAGUUGGGUAACUGGAACCCGGUUCCACCCAAGCGAUCAUCGUCAUACGGCACGACCUUUGUCAGUGAUCGGAGGUCGACAUUCAGCCUCCUGGUGCAGUUCAAGUCGGAGCGCGAGGGAGCUGCGCGCAAAGGAGUCACCACGUUUGCGAAGCAAUAUCGCGAGACUGUUGCUGCCGAACAGUGCAGGUGGGAUGUGCACACCACUAAUGAUUUCUGGCCGAUCAUAGUCCCCCCCCACCUUCGAGGAAAGACCGACCAGGUCGCUGUCGAGAUGCCUCAGGUUGUGGGUGACGAGAGCAUGGAUGCGAAGCCGUGUACCAAGGGCGUCGAGCAGUCCAUCGUGUCUGGGGGGGGAGGACAGGAUGGAUAUGUGUCGCUCGUCCCGGCUGGCUGCUGUCAACGAACCUGUGUCAUACCCUGCUGA